AAGAAAUCGUUAUCGUUUCUAAGAAUUGGCAGAGGAUUAUUCAUAGCGCGGCGAGUAUGGUAAACAAAAGCAUUAUUCGUGUUUCGGAACGGGUUCCGACGAGAUGCAAAGAGUUGCAUUUGGCUGCGGAUAAGCAAAGAAUGAAAAAUCACCAUUUAUGAAAUGAAACAUAUUAGCUAUUACAGCAAGGAUGCCAUCGAAUCGCGUAUGAGUGCUCGCCAACGUGCAGGCCAUGAAAUAGAGACAUACCGGCGGCACACAGAAUAUGGAGUGGUUGAAAUUUACUAUUAUAUUAAUGUAACAAAAACUUUAGCAUUUCUGAGUGGGUUGACCGUGAUCCCUGCGUUGGUUUAUCUCGCAGAUCAAGCUAUAAAUGAUGGUGAUUUGUGUACGCAUGGCGAAACGCACUAUUUUGACGCCGAUAGUGGCAAUGAGAUAUCGUAUAGCGAAGCUCGAGAGAACAAAAGUAAAAACAAGGAAGCAUGUCAACUAGACCAGGAAGCUAAUGAAUUAUUCCAGCAAGAAAAUUACCACGAAGCGUAUGAAAAGUUCCAACAAGCCUACAGUAAAUGCACAAAUGGUUACAGCGAAGAAGAGAGAUUCAAAAGUAACAGGGAUAAAGCAAAAGUAGAGGUUGAUGCAGCUGAUCUCAACUCGGAAGGAGAUAGUUUGUUCCAUCAAGGAAGAUACAGUGAUGCGCAAAGCAAAUAUCAACAAGCUUAUGGCAAAUCGCAGCGCAGCAUACAGAGAGAAAUAUAUAUGGCUAACAGAGAAAUAGCUGAUGUUGAAAUCCGGGCACAAGAUCUCAACUCUAAAGGUGAAAGUCUCUUCGAUCAAGGCAAGUGUCAGGAAGCUGAGAGUCAAUUCCAGCAAGCCUACGACGCAUCACAAGUUAAAACGGAAUACGAUAAAUACAAGUCGAACAUUGCUAAAGCUAGAGCAGAGUUGAAAGCUGCUGAAUUGAAUGCGGAAGGGAAUCGUUUGUUCCAGGGAGGUCGGUACAGCGAUGCGAAAGCCAAGUUUCAACAAGCUUAUAGCAAAUCGCAGCACAGCACCAGGCGUGCAAACUACAAAGCUAACAGCGAGAAGGUUGAUAAUGAAAUCCGGGCACAAGAUCUCAACUCUAAAGGCGAAAGCCUCUUCGAUCAAGGCAAGUAUCAGGAAGCUGAGAGUCAAUUCCAGCAAGCCUACGACGCAUCACAAGUUAAAACGGAAUACGAUAAAUACAAGUCGAACAUUGCUAAAGCUAGAGCAGAGUUGGAAGCUGCUGAAUUGAAUGCGGAAGGGAAUCGUUUGUUCCAGGGAGGUCGGUACAGCGAUGCGAAAGCCAAGUUUCAUCAAGCUUAUAGCAAAUCGCAGCGCAGCAUAGAGAGCAAAAUAUAUAUAGCUAACAGAGAAAUAGCUGAUGUUGAAAUCCGGGCACAAGAUCUCAACUCGAAAGGUGAAAGCCUCUUCGAUCAAGGCAAGUAUCAGGAAGCUGAGAGUCAAUUCCAGCAAGCCUACGACGCAUCACAAGUUAAAACGGAAUACGAUAAAUACAAGUCGAACAUUGCUAAAGCUAGAGCAGAGUUGGAAGCUGCUGAAUUGAAUGCGGAAGGGAAUCGUUUGUUCCAGGGAGGUCGGUACAGCGAUGCGAAAGCCAAGUUUCAUCAAGCUUAUAGCAAAUCGCAGCGCAGCAUAGAGAGCAAAAUAUAUAUAGCUAACAGAGAAAUAGCUGAUGUUGAAAUCCGGGCACAAGAUCUCAACUCGAAAGGUGAAAGCCUCUUCGAUCAAGGCAAGUAUCAGGAAGCUGAGAGUCAAUUCCAGCAAGCCUACGACGCAUCACAAGUUAAAACGGAAUACGAUAAAUACAAGUCGAACAUCGCUAAAGCUGGAGCAGAGUUUGAAGCUGCUGAAUUAAAUGCGGAAGGGAAUCGUUUGUUCCAGGGAGGUCGGUACAGCGAUUCGAAAGCCAAGUUUCAACAAGCUUAUAGCAAAUCGCAGCACAGCAUCAGGCGUGCAAACUACAAAGCUAACAGCGAGAAGGUAGAUAAUGAAAUCAGGGCACAAGAUGUCAACUCUAAAGGCGAAAAUCUGUUCAAUCAAAGCAGGUAUCGGGAAGCUGAAAGUCAAUUCCAAAAAGCCUUCGAUGGAUCACAAGUCACAACGGAACGCGUUAAAUACAUGACGAAUAUUGGUAAAGCUAGGGCUGAGUCAGAAGCAGUGGAAUUAAAUUCAGAAGGAGUGCAAUGGUUUCUUCAAGGAAGAUACAUUAACGCUCAGCUAAAAUUUCAGCAAGCUUAUGACAAAUCAGAGCUCAACGGCAACUAUGCCAUUUAUGAAGCUAACAAAGCAAAGGCACAAACUGAAGCAGAAGCACGAAUUCUCAAUUCCGAAGGAGAUGAUUUAUUGGAUCAACAUCAUUAUAACGAAGCCCAGCAGAAAUAUCAACAAGCUUAUAAUAAAUCUCAGCUCAUCAAAGAGCGAGACAAGUAUCAAGCGAACAAAUUAAUAGCCAGUGCUGAACACCGGGCACAAAACUUUAACUACAAGGGCGAUAAGCUGUUCAAUCAGGGAAAAUACCAGGACGCAGAACAAUAUUACCAACAAGCUUACGAUACAUCUGUAGAGAAAACCAAUCAAACUAAAUACGAGAGCAAUAUUAAGAAAGCUAAAGCAGAGUUUGAUGCAGCCACAUUAAAUGCAAAAGGAGACCAUUUGUUUCAUCAAGGGAACUACAUCGAAGCACAACGCAAAUACCAGGAAGCUUAUAACAAAUGUAAUCGGCCGACAAAUUUUAUUAUUCGCCUGUUUACCUCGUCGGAGUCUGGGCCAAUCUGUAAGGAAUAUGAAAAAUAUAAAGCUAACAUUGCGAAGGCGAACAUCGAAAUCAGUGCACAAAGCCUUAACUCUCAGGGUGACGUAUCGUUCGAGCAGGGCAAAUAUCAGGAAGCUAAAAGCCAUUAUCAACAGGCCUACGACGCAUCAAAAGUAGAAAAAGAUCGUGAGCAAUACCAUUCCAACAAUAAACGAGCCACGACAGAAUUGGCAGCAUCAGAAUUGAAUGCAGAAGGAGAUAAAUUAUUCCGUCAAGGUAGAUACAAUGAUGCUCAAAGUAAAUAUCAGAAAGCUAACGAUAUGUCUCAGCUUGGCAAAUAUAAAGCGAACUUGGAAAAGGUCAAACUUGAAGUAAAAGCCGGUAAGCUUAGCUGCGAAGGAGAUGUCUUAUUCAAUCAAGGCAGGUAUAGAGAAGCUAAAGAAAAGUAUCAAGCGGCUUGCAGUAUAUCACAGUAUCAAACAUAUUCAACCAACAAAGAUAGGGCUAAAGCGGAAGAAGAUGCAGUUGAUUUGUUUAGUGAAGGUAACAUUAUGUUCGAACAAGGCCGAUAUGAAGAGGCGAAAGUGAAAUUCCAUCAAGCAUACGACAAAUCAUCUGUUGACACGAACAAAGCCUUAUACCGUCAGUUGGAAGGGAAAUGUGUGAAAAUGUUAGCUGACAAGCUAUGGGAUGAUGCUUGGUUAGCGGAAAAUGAGGACAAGGUCGAAGAAGCGACCAGCAAGUUCAAACAGGUAGAUAGUAUGGUGAAAGAAGCUUGUAGUAUUGUACCGACUGAUCAAGUGGUCAGGAGAUUGAGCGAAGCCUGUGGUUUGAAGCUGGAAGGAAAUGAGCUAUUCAACCAGGGUAUAAAAAUGCAGCUGGAUGGAGUUAAACUGUUCGAAAGCGGAAAGAAGUUGCAACAGACAGAAAGCUAUGAACGGGCGAAGGAAAUGUUUAGGAAGGCUGUUGCUAAACUAUCUGACGCGAAGCAGACAUUCGAGCAGGGAUGCAGCCUAGAUCGUCGUUUUUCCCGGUGCGUGGAGUUUGUCCAAGAACAAAUAAACGAAGUUGAACAGUUUAACACCACUGUCGAGCAACAGGUGUUGAAUCAGCAAAUUGGAAACUUGAAUAUAUCGACUAGUCGUGUUGAUGAAGGAUUUUUUGAAUCUGAUCAGUUCCGUAGCGAGUAUAGUCAACAGUACAACGAAAUAAUGUAGAAUUAUAUCAAGAUUAUUUAUCAACAGUAUACAGUUUGGAAAUACAUUAUGUUUGUGAUGUAGCAGGGAAUACCGAUUUGAGGCUGGAAUACAAUUCAUGAGUUCAUUGAAUAGAAUUUAGUUCUCUAAAAUAUUAUUGAGGUUACAAGCCAUUUUCUUAGUUUAAAAAUCCAGUUCUUACAAUAAAAAUCAAAUCCAAUAUGAAUAUGUAUUCAAAUUUCAAGGAAUUAAUAUUAAGUUUUUAAAUCAAAAAUUAUUCAAAUAAUUACUAAAAAUCAAUAUAA